UUGGAAGUGCAAACCCAGUCAGUCUACAUCAAAUCCAUUAAGUAUUAUUUUUUCAUUUACGUAGGACAAAAAUUCUAACAAAAGUCAUAGAAUUUGAAUUCAAAUAUGUCGUCCUUCCCAAUUGUUCAAGUGGUAGAAAUAUUAAUCCAGGACGGCCCCCUUUCUAAUGGGAGUAACCAGUUCGCAAGAAUUUUAGGUAUUGAUCCAGUCACGAGGAAAAGGAUACAAAAUACUCAUAAUUUAGCAAAAGGUAAUGCUACCGAUUAUUACACGGAAUUGUUGGAAGCAUGGCAAGGGCCCUUAGGAAAUAAGGCUACUGUGCAAGCCCUUCGAAAAAUCUUAGAAGACGAAAAGUUCAAAAGCGCUGCUGAUUCUUUGGAACAUCUCGACGUACCUGAGCUAGACAAAAACCAAACAACCACCACGCCCGCUUUGGCUGCUGCGCUAUCAGCGUAUCGUUUAUCCGAUCAAACCGUACGGUCAAAAAUAGUGGACAUACUGCUCAUCGAGCCUAACCUCAUUAACGAAUGGGUCGCGUUUUGUGGCUGGUUAGGCAUCCCGGAAGUGGAGCUAGUACAGUGGAGGCCGCAGUAUAUGGUGGCCAUCAUGUCGAAAUAUGAACUGCUUAGUAAGAUCCUUAGCGUCUGGGGCUCACGAGAAGGGGGAAAAGCAAAUGUUGCCAUUCUUAUAAAAGUAUUGAACGAUCACAAGUUUCUGACGGAGUCGACAAAGAUUGAGGACAAAUUCAAACUUGCUGAAUAGAUACAAAGAAUAAUAAAUAAUGAAAUCAUUUGUUCGCGAAAAUGCCUUAUUAUCGUUUGCAUACCAUCAUUUGGUGAAGCGAAGAAACAUUAUGAAAAAUAGACAAACUUUAACCAACGAAAUGUAAAAUGUAAAUAUUUAUUGCUACAAAAAUGUAGCGAUCAACAGGGUAAAAAAUGUCACUCAUGGCUUGUCUGACCCUUUUGUAACCGGCUGAGCGAAUCAGAUUUUAUAACUGCCUAAGUCUAAUGUACAUACCUACUAGGUACUACUAGGUACUAUGUUAAAAAUUACACAUGUUUGUACAAUACUCUUCACAGGUCAUUUCGAACGUAUUUAUUUUGAGGUCAUUGUAGCUACGAAGAAGGAAAAAUCGACUACAGAUCGUGUAAAAUUAUUAACUGGCUUUAUUUCCAGAAAUAAAUUAGUAACUUUGUCAGUUUAUCUACAUAAAUAGUAUCAAAAGGGAGUAUGCCCAUUAGAUCCGCACUCCAAUUUGCUAUAUGAAUGUACAUAGAAUACAUAGGUAUCUCGAUUCAUUUUUAAUGACUUUCAGAUUGUGUGACUAUGGCGAUUGAAUACCCUGCAUAUUUAUCAAUGAAUGUACAAUUAUGUUAUAUGAACACUUUGCAGUGUCAGAUAAAUAAACAUGCGUAUUAGUUAUGUUGUGUUGGUAACGCUUACGUAAUAAUAUUAAUAAUUAUUACCCAACAGUGUAAAAAUACCACUUGUUAAAUUAUUUGUUAUCUAAAAAUUGGUUACAAAACUUGGCUUAGGUGAGGGGGCAUAUAAAUGUCUUAAACAAGAUAAUAAUCUAAAGGGUCUAUAAUUAUUCCGCAAAUCUCACCAAAUAUUAGUUUAUUAAAGACUGUAUUUUGAUAACUUUUAAAUAGAUAAAUAAUUUUCACGUAUUUAGAAGCUGGUCUGGAUUGAAGACUUCCUUUUAAAUGCAAAUAAGUAUGUGGAAAUGAAAACUCUUAGAACCAAUUGUACGAUGAUCUUGUAUUAAAUGUAAUUAUGUAACUAUGAGGAAA